AGGUAAUCUCUUACUCUAAUUCACAGUAAAGAUGGACAAGAGUAUGAUGGGCGAUAUCGAUGCUAUGCCUGAGGAAGACAAGAUGAGAAUGUCUACUAUGAUUGAUCAGCUCCAAGUUAGGGACAGUUUGAGGAUGUACAAUUCUUUGGUAGAGAGAUGCUUUGUUGACUGUGUGGACACUUUCCGCCGCAAGUCCCUUGACAAACAAGAGGAGUCUUGCAUCCGUCGAUGCGCAGAGAAGUUUCUCAAACACUCUAUGCGUGUGGGCAUGAGAUUUGCAGAGCUCAACCAAGGGACAGCUACACCUGACACCUAACUAAUA